UCCUUCUUCGGCUACUACACCUACCGCUACGAUGUGGGCCAGGUGGAGCGCAUGAUCGAGGAGACAGAGUCUAAGCCCGAAAACGCCUUCCCCGGCUCCUCGCUGUGGGUUCCGGUCAUGAAGUGGUAUGCGGGGCAGCGGCAGCAGCUGGAAGGCGAGAUGAAGAAGUAUGCCGACCCGCCCUCCGACCGCCUGCUGCCCGACCUGCCGCCCAACGCGCGCCACAUCAAGACCCUGGUGCUCGACCUGGAUGAUGUGCUGGUGCACUCAGACUGGACGCGCGGACGCGGCUGGCGCACCUUCAAGCGGCCCGGGGUGGAGGACUUCAUCCGCUCCAUGGCGCAAUACUACGAGCUGGUGGUGUACACCAGCCAGCUGCCCACCUAUGCAGACCCCAUCCUGGACCGCCUGGACCCGCAGCGCAUGAUUCAGUACAGACUGUACCGCGACAGCACGCAGUACGUGAACGGCAAGCACGUGCGCGACCUGUCCAAGCUGAACCGCGACAUGCGGCAGGUGCUGUUCGUCACCGCAGACCCAGACGCAUACGCGCUGCAGCCGGAGAACGCCAUCAAGCUGAGCAAGGAGUGGAAGGCGGGGGACACGAUGCUGCUGGACCUGCUGCCAUUCCUUGAGG